AUGGAUUCGAAUCAACCGCCUACCCAGCUGCAACUGCAGCAGAAUCCACAGCAACAACAACAACAACAACAAUCGCAAUACAGUCAGCCGCAGCCAUUUCCUCAACCAUACCCGCAGCCUUAUCCUCAGCAAUACCUAGCUCCUCCUCCGGUCAUGAUUCCCUCCAGCAAAGGGUGGCAUAUCACAAAGAUCGUCUUCUAUUCGCUCUCCAUUAUCUUUUGCGUUAUUGUGCUCGGCAUCUCCAUCGCUCUCGCCGUCGAUCCUAGUAUAUAUCAGAGCUACCAAAUUAUCUGGGUGGCACCACAAGCCGGCAUUGCGCUUUGCUGGGAUGUGGCCGAGCUCAUCACGGUCUGCGUUCGACGGAGUCAAUAUGGUAUUCACCCUGGAGCUCACGUAGCCCUUCACCUUCUAUUAUGGCUGGGUCUUGUCGUAGCUGCGGGACUCACAGGUUGGAUUGUGGCCUAUGCUUCGGAAUGCGGCUAUUACUGCCAGCGCUACUACGACUACUAUUCCAGUCAAUAUCUGUCUAUUAUGCAGGCUGAAUUGGCUUUUCUGGUCCUGCUGAUGUAA